AUGUCUUUAACUGCAAAAUCUCCUGUAUCCAAUAAAUCUUCUAAAAAGGAACCUACAUUAUCUGAUGUGAUUAAAAUACUAAAAUCUCAAGAAUCUAAAUUGGUUACGAUUUCUACUAAAUUAUCAAUGCACGAGAACAAAACCGAUUCAAUUAUGGUAAAAUUAGAUGAGCUUACCUUAGAUAUAUCAAAUUUAAGAAAAGAAAAUAAUGAACUCAAAUCUCAGAUUGACACUUUACAAUUACGUAUUAAUUCAUUAGAAACAUCAAUGUGCAACAAUGGUACGAAUCCAGAUAUGAAAUUUCUAGUUCAUGAAGUACAAGAACGUAUAACAAAAUCAAAAAACAUUCUUAUUUUCAACGCUGCAGAAGAACCUAAUAACAGUGAGUUAUCUCCGGCAAAAUUAACUGAAAUCAUUUUUAAAAAAAUUGAUUUAAAUAUACCGAUUGUUCAUGCCAUUCGUUUGGGUAAAAAUUCAGAAAAACCUCGUCCUAUUAUGGUUAAACUUGGAAGUAAAUCAGAGGUGUUAUCAGUUUUAAAAGCCAAACGGAAACUACGUGAAAUCGACUCGCUUAAACAUAUAUUUACUGGUUACUAUCAAAAUGUGAGAAGUCUUAAUAACAAGCUAAAAUUUUUAACCUGUAAUGUUCCAUAUAAUAACUAUGAUUUUAUAAUUUUUACCGAAACCUGGCUGAAUGCUGAGGUGUUAGAUUCAGAAUUGGAUAUCUUUAAUUACAAUAUUUUUCGAUGUGACAGAAGUGGUUUGACGAGUAAAUGUGAUCGUGGUGGUGGAGUAUUGAUUGGCAUACAUAGAAAAUAUAUUAGUGAACUGAUUACAACUCCCUACAAUUCAGUAGAACAAGUUUUCGUAUCUAUUAAAAAUAAUAACAAGAUAAAAUUGAUUAUCGGCACUUGUUAUAUUCCAGAGGUCAGUCCGUUAUCGGUGUAUGAAACUCACGUGAAUACAGUUAACUGGCUUUAUGAAAACUUCGGAGAUAAUGUAGAUUUAAUUAUCUGUGGAGACUAUAAUUUUAGAGGUACUACAUUUUCAUAUGACAAUACUGGUUUAAUUGUGAAUGGCCGCAUGCCUACAGCAGUCAAUGUAGUUUUUGAUGCAUUUUCAAUUUUCAAUAUGUCACAGUUUAACUCCUUAUGUAAUCCCUAUGGUAAUACACUAGACCUAGUUUUCUCUAAUUUAGAUUUAUUAAGUGUUGACUUAUGCACUAGCCCUUUAGUUCCUAUUGAUAAACCUCACCCUCCACUUCUUAUAAAUUUUGAAUUUAAAGAUACAAAAAAUCAAUCGGAGUUACCAUUAAUAAAGAAAAAUUUUAUUAAAGCAGAUUUUGUAGGUAUUUCGAUGGCCUUGAAUAAUAUUAAUUGGGAUGAUGUAUUUUCUAAUGGUAAUGUUGAUACAUAUGUAGAAGAUUUUUAUAAUAUCGUUAAUACUAUUUUAGAAAAAAAACGUUUUGCUCACAAGCAAUAUAAAAUAAGCCCCAACUCUUCGAAUUAUUCACAUUUCUCUGAACUUCGGGCUAAAUGUAAAUAUUUUUCAAAACAAUGCCAUGAACAGUACUUAAAUAACAUACAGAAUAAUUUAAUUACUAAUCCUAAAAAAUUUUGGAGCUUUAUUGAAGAGCGCAGUAAAAUUAAUUUUAUUCCAUCUCCUAUGUCAUAUGAAAACUCUAGUUAUGAUAAUAACCAAGCUAUUUCUAAUGCAUUUGCAAAUUAUUUUUCAUCAGUAUAUGCUAGUUCUCUAUCUGAUAGUACCUAUGAUACUACUAAUGUUUUAACUGAAUCUUUAAUAAAUACCUCAUCUUUGUAUAUACCCCUAUCCGAAAUUUUUGAAGGUCUUUCAAAUAUGGGUGAAGACUGCACUUCUGGACCAGAUAAAUUACCCCCAAUUGUUUUAUCUAAAUGUUGUUACGCCCUAGCUCGUCCAAUCCACAUUUUAUUUAAUAUGUCUCUUUCUAAUGGUAUUUUUCCUCAACUAUGGAAAUCUAGUUUUGUAAUCCCAAUCUUCAAAUCUGGUAAUCGUAAUUUAAUACAAAAUUAUCGUCCAAUUUCAAAAUUAAGCUCGAUACCGAAACUUUUUGAAAAAUUAAUUGAACCUAAAUUGUCUUAUAUGUUUAACAGUGUUAUAAUUGAUGAACAACAUGGCUUUCGUACCAAAAAAUCAACUUGUACUAAUUUGUUAGUGUAUGUUACAAAUCUAUAUGAUAUUAUUGAAAAAAAAGGACAAGUUGACACCAUAUAUACUGACCUAAGUAAAGCCUUUGAUUCAGUUGAUCACAAGUUAUUAUUAAUUAAACUUAAUGCCCUGGGUAUUGACAAACCACUACUAACAUGGUUUGGCUCUUUUUUAACGGGUAGAACUCAACAAAUUAAAAUUUUAAACCAAGUAUCAUCUACUUUUAGUGUCUCAUCUGGUGUACCACAAGGUGGACAUUUAUCUCCCUUAUUAUUUUUGUUAUUCAUAAAUGAUCUGAAAAGUGUGUUCCAUUUCUGUAAGUAUUCUCUUUUUGCCGAUGAUCUAAAAAUGUAUAUGGUAGUUAACUCGUUAGAAGAUUGUCGUAAGUUGCAAAAUGAUAUUAACCGUUUCAAUAAAUGGUGUAAAGAUAACCAUUUAUCAAUAAACAUUAAUAAAUGUGCUCAAAUAUCCUUCACUAGAAGUAAAAACCCUGUUAUAUACAAUUACUCUAUUGAUGAUCAAGACCUUAACAUAGUUUCUUCCAUUAAAGAUUUGGGUAUAAUUUUGUCUGCCGAUCUCUCUUUCUCUGAACAUAUUUCAUUUAUAUACGGCAAAGCAAUGCGCAUGUUAGGAUUUAUCAGACGUCAAUGCUACGAUUUUAAAAACAUUGAUUGUCUAAAAACAUUAUACUGCACCAUGGUACGUCCGAUUUUGGAAUAUGGGACAAUAAUUUGGAAUUCCUAUCAGCUUAAUCAAAUCAACCGUCUAAAUAAUGUACAAUCAUAUUUCUUGAGAUAUUUAUCUUACAAAUUUUUAAUGAAUUGUUCUACAAAGGAAAUUGCAAUGAGGCUAGGUCUGCAUUCACUCUCCUCCAGGCGUAAAUUUAAUGAUGCGUCUUUUAUUCACAAAAUUCUAAAUAAUAAUAUUAAUUGUCCCGAAAUGCUCAAAAAAAUUAGUUUAUCAAUUCCAACUUGUAAUACAAGAUCAAAAACUGUUUUUUAUGAGUCAUUCCACUGUCAGUCAUAUAGUUUUAAUCAACCUAAAAGUCGUAUGAUCCGUGUUUGCAACAGCCUCGAUAGCUUCGACUUCAACUUUGAUUCUGAGUCUAAACUUCGUCAUUUGUGUUUGGGUUUUGAUACAUAA